GACAUAUUCAGGGUGAUCCUGAGGACGUUUUGUGCUGUCUGGGAGAUCUUGUUGUAGGAUAAAAUUCUCUGUAAAAGGAGAGUAAAUAAAUGGAGUUGCGUACUCGCAUGUCAUAUUGAUGAUUUAGUAUUUAGUUCAUAAAGAACAUUGUUCGUGAUGCAAAUCUGGAAAGACUUCGCGCGCGCGCGCGCGUACAUUAAUAUUUCAAAUAUAUCCUGUAAAAGAUAUUCAGAAUAAAAAAGAGAUGAGAUUCAUACAUAUUUAACGAUGAAACGAAAGAAUUGAUCGAUUUACAUAAAAUAAUUUUUCAAAUUUACAUGUAGGGAUCGAAUCGAAAACUUUGAUCGCGCCGCGUUAAGCAUUCUGCAUUCCUACAUUAGGUUAGUAAUUACGUUCAAUAUAAUUAUUUUUAACAAAAGUUUUUGCAAUCUUUUAAAAAAAUUAUAAAUAAAAAUAGUAUUCUGUAUGGAAUUGCAAAUCAGAUUUACCAAAAGAAGCUUUUGAUGCAUUGAAAGUAAAGAAAAGAAAAGUCAAGGACCAAUUAUUUCUAAUCUUGUAAUAGAGAUGACAAUACAUCAAUAAAUGACUUAUGAUGAUAACAAGUACUACGAAUAUGUUAAUUUAAGUUAAUGAAGCAAAUAGCAACAUUCCAUUUUAUGCCAGAAAUGUUUUAGUUUCCUUAAAUGAAUAUUGGAAAAUACCUAUGGGUUAAUUUUCAAUACAUAUUUUGACUGCGAUAAAAAGAGUUAAGAAUUAGAAGUUUUAGAAUUAAUAUAUGAUGCAUACAUAUACAUACAUUCCUUAUUUCCGAUAUGAUAAUGCAAGCGUAAAUAUAUAUAUAUAUAUAUAGGUGUUAAUUUUUCAAGAUUAGUCUAUCUUUUGAGUCAUAUAUUAUACAUUCUGUAAUUAAAGGAAAAAAAUUUUACGUAUUAAAUUCUUACAUGAUAAAGUUAAUGCGAGAAACAUUUUAGGUGACAGAGAAAACCUCAUUCCUCAAUUUCUUUCACAAGGUCAGAGGCAAAGAAUUGACGAAAUCGACCUUGUAAAGCGUGACAACAACCUAGUUGUGACAGACGCUUUCACAAUAUACAUGCUGUAAAAUAAAGAUAAGAUCCGCUCACUGACUGCAGAGUGUUACCUUCGAAACGAUGUAAGCAUUAAAAUCACUAGUUUGAAUUGUUAAUGAAAUGAAGAAUAAUAAAAUAUUUUUCUCUCCUUCUCGCAUCAAAUAACAUAAAAUAAUAUAAAGUUCUUCAUUCUUAUUAAAACCGUUUAACUUUUUAUAAAGAACUUGUGAGACAAGUGUAAUUUCCCGCUUAGCCUUCUGAAGAAUUAAAAUCAAAAUACGUUAAGAGCAAGUAUCACAAAGAAAACGACUUAAUUAAAUUAAAUAUGCUUAAUAAAUUUUUCCAGAUUUGUUUUUCAGAUAUGUAAAGAAUGUAUAGAAUCAAAAAAUUUAAUUUUUAUAUUAAAUAUAAGAUAGAAAACAGUUAUUAAAUGUUUAAUCCAACAUUUUCUAAUCUGUUUAGCUCUGACAAAAUUUGUGACGUUUCUUUAAAAACAAAGAAAGGUACACAACCCCUUUUAUUAAACAUAUUCUCCGACGAAAAUCUCGGCAAAGUAUCAGAAACAUUCUUCAUCGUUUCCGAUUGACAGAGCUUAAAAAUUGCAUUUAUUCGCUACAUAACUUCACGAUCCGUCACUUUCCAUUCUCCGAGUGAUAGUCGGAUUCUCAAGGGUCGGGAAUGCACGAGGAUAUGCACACAUGGAGCGAGCAGACAUCGCGUUAUCGCGCAUCUCCUCGUGCAUCGCAGACGUGAUACGUAUAAAACGCCGAUGAGCAAAAUUUUUGGCUCUCUGUUACGCGCGCACCGUCACGAUGCCAUUGUCGACAUAUUGUCGACAACGAUGGAUUUUCAUCGCGAUAAUCUCUUUGAACUUUUGUUUCUCGUUGGUAAAUACGUUCGUCAAACCCGACGACAAUCCCGAUAUCACGCUCACAACACCCGAACUGGUGACAAAAUAUGGGUACUCUGUGGAGAUUCAUGAUAUCCUUACGGAGGAUGGCUAUGCUCUGCAAUUGCAUCGAAUACCGCGCGGCCGGGAUGAUAAAAAGGAAGUAAGAUCCAAGAUAAGAACGCCGAUACUUUUGAUGCAUGGUCUAGCAGGUAGUUCCGCCGAUUGGGUCCUUAUGGGACCUGAAAAGUCCUUAGCAUACAUAUUAGCCGAUGCGGGUUAUGAUGUAUGGCUUGGAAAUAACAGAGGAAACAUUUACUCGAGAAAUCACAUCUCGCUAUCGCCGACUGAUCGAGCUUUUUGGAAUUUUAGUUACCACGAACUUGGCAUUUACGAUCUUCCUGCAAUGAUCAAUUACAUUUUAUGUGCGACGAGAUACGAGAAAAUCUUCUACGUUGGUCAUUCGGAAGGUACCACUCAGUUCUGGGUAACAGCAUCGGAAAAACCCGAGUACAAUUCGAAGAUCAUUUUAAUGAUAGGCUUGGCACCCGCGGCUUUUAGCGGCAACAUUCGCGGACCGGUCAAGAAACUCGCCAAAUUAACUUAUCUCGGCGUGUGGGUCGGUGAAACUUUCGGCUAUCCAGAAUUUCGUUCGCGGUCUGCUUGGGGAAAAUUUGUGUCGAAUCUAUUCUGUCAGAGCAUGGCGUCCACACAAUUCAUCUGCAGUAAUAUUUUAUUUUUAGUCGCGGGAUUCAGCCGUGCGGAAUUAAAUACAGAAAAUCUGACAGUUAUCAUAGGUCAUGUUCCUGCUGGGGCUUCCUGGAAACAAUUCGUGCAUUAUGGUCAAGGAUACAUUAAUGCAGGGCGCUUUAGACAAUUUGAUUAUGGUGACAUCGACAAAAAUCUUAUAAUGUACAAUUCAACGACACCGCCGGAUUAUCAAUUGGAAAAAAUCACAGCGCCAAUAAUACUCUUCAGCAGCGAUAAUGAUUGGCUAGCAACUACAAAGGAUGUGGAACUCUUAUCUACCAAACUCAAUAGUAUUGUGCUACAUUACAAGAUUCCCAUGAAUACCACCUUUAAUCAUUACGAUUUCAUAUGGGGAAAGUCCUCCCUGCAAUUAGUAUCGCGACCUAUUCUACAAUUGCUAGACCAAUAUCAAUAAUGUGGUAUUCUUCCUAAACUAAAAAUCUUUUCUUAAUAAUAGAAAAUUACGAAGAUGCAACAAAAAUAAAUGUAUAGUGAAUCGGUUUAAUUUAUUGUUAUAUUAUUAGUGUUAUUAUAUAUCAGUAUAAGUUACGCGCGCGCGCGUUUUAUUUGCAUAUUAUAAUCUGUACUUGUGUCUCUAUAACUUUACUUCUCUGGACUUAACUUCAGAGCAAACAUACUAAUACAUACUAGUACAAAGUAACUUUGUUUAUAGAGUAUAUAGUAUUUUUCUUGCAUUAUAUAAUACCGUCGUUUUUCAUCUUUAUGUAUAUUUAUAUACAAAUUCCAUCAUAAUCAAUCUUGCGAUCACUGCACAUAAGAAACUACACACACAUCUGCGAUAAUUUCUCGCGAUCACAUAAAACCGCCACGAUAGAAUUAUAAACUUAACUUUCUAAUCGCACUUGAGCAGCAUCCAGAAAGAUUCUUAUCCGCUUCAAAAACUGUUCCGCUGAAAUACAGUAUGCCUAUCCUGGAAGAAAUAGACAAUAGUUUUGUCUCACGCGGCUGAUGCUUUAAGCAAUUGAUUUACUUCGCAUAUAUGGUAUUUUUUUUUACUAUAAUUAGAGUUAUAUAUAGCCUAUGCUAACUAUUACAUUUACUUGUUUAUUAUAUAUUAUUAAAAUCACUCAAAUAUGGAUGAGCCAGCUCGCAUAUUUCGGUAUCAAGUGCAACUCGAAAAAAUAAUUUUGGAUAAUUUAAAAAUAUUUUAAUAAAUGUAAAUAAAAUUCCAAGUAAUUAAAAAUAAAACCUUUUAAAACUCAAAAGUGUGUUGCAAUUUUAUGUCUUUUUUUUAUUUUACAUAGGUCUUACUUCUACAAGAAUUUAAAUCGAAAGUAAAAACAAAUCAGUUGCACUUGGAAAUAGCUCACAAAUUGCUGGCCACGUGUAUAAUAUAUAAUAAUAUACAUAUCGAAUUAUAUAUUAUGUGUAUGCAUGAUAUGUAUUAGUUCAUAUUAGAAUAGAUCAAAUGAGAAAUUGCCGAUCUAUAAUCACGUGAUUUGUAUGAAAAUUUGUAUGAAUUGUCUUCGAUCAUGGUGAAAUUUUAUUUAUCAUACAAAUGGAAAUAAAUAGAAUUUUUAUCAUGUUAUUAGUACAUAUCGCUACGACUGUAUCUUUGUAUGCCAGUAAAAAAUUAGCACAUAAAUCAUAAUCGAUACUUGAGCUCAUAUAUUGGCCACUUGAGAUUCAUCCAAGAUGAUAUCUGUCUUUGCGAUAAAAGUAAUAGCUUGAUUCUAAUUUAGUCCUUACAAAAUUCGAUGAUACGUAAAAUAUGAAUAACAUUUUAAUAUAAUUAUAAAAUGUAUCAAUAACCAAAUAACACAAGUUAUAUAAUAUAUAUCGUCAUCUGGUUUAGGUAUUAAAAAAUUGUGUUACUCUAUGAGGUAUAAGAAUAUCUCAAGAUGUAUUACAACAAUCAUAAUUUAUAACGAGAUAAUAUUACGAUAGAGAAAAACUUGCAACGACAAAAUUACAUACUAAUAGAUUUGAUAGAAUCAAUUCUAAUAUGUGCCUUUUCCCCUUGCCACCAUCACAUACGCGAUUAGACAAAAUUGAUAUAUUGGUGAUAAAAGAAUACACAUACAGAUAGACUGCGUAAAAAGAAAAAAGAUUUUAAAGUCUCUUUAGAUUUAACGCUGUUUCUAGAUAGAGCAUCCUCUACUUCGUUAACAAUUUUCUUAUAUGUAUAUAAUGCUCUUAAGUAAAGCAAAAACUUAUAAGUAGAUUAAAGAAGUGUAAAUUAUAUUGAUAUAAAUCCUUGUGAGUAUAUGAAAAGAUAAAAACAAAAAGAAUGAUAUAGAUAAUAAUGAUAUAAUAACGAUAUUCUAAUAUUAAAAAAAAAAAAAAAA